CUACCAUCUCCUGUUUCCCAAGCACCAUGAAACUCCUGCUGUUGGCUCUUCCUAUCCUUGUGCUCCUACCCCAAGUGAUCCCAGCCUAUGGUGGUGAAAAAAAAUGCUGGAACAGAUCAGGGCACUGCAGGAAACAAUGCAAAGAUGGAGAAGCAGUGAAAGAAACAUGCAAAAAUCAUCGAGCCUGCUGCGUUCCAUCUAAUGAAGACCACAGGCGACUUCCUACGACAUCUCCCACACCCUUGAGUGACUCAACACCAGGAAUUAUUGAUAAUAUUUUAACAAUAAGGUUCACUACAGACUACUUUGAAAUAAGCAGCAAGAAAGACAUGGUUGAAGAGUCUGAGGCGGGACAGGGAACUCAGACCUCUCCCCCAAAUGUUCACCAUACCUCAUGACUUCUUCUCGAAUGUCACUCACCCCUGUCCUCAGAGUGAUAAACUAAGUCACAUACAUAUAGAUAAAACACCACAGUGACCUCCCACUUCCCACCAAUAUGUAAUUCUAUUAAUAGAAACAGCUGUGUAAAGAAGUCUAAAAUUUUCACUAUUUCCAAUGAUAAACUCUUCAGUGCUCUUCUUGAAA